AUGCCUAUCGACCACAUGUCCUACGCGGUCCCAUUCAGCAAGGUGGACGACGAGGUCGCCUUCCUCCUCGCCGCCUUCUCACACAUGGGCUUGAAGGAGUUCUUCCGCCCCGCACCAGGUGUCGUCGGCAUGGGUGACGACUCGCCCUGGCUGUGGAUCGCCGGCGUCGAGGACCGUCAGCCCAUUCCCAAUGACGCCAAAGUGUUGAUGAACCACGUGGCACUACAAGCCAAGGAUCGCGCACAGGUCGACGCCUUCCACGCCGCUGCUCUCAAGGCAGGCGGCACCGACAACGGCGCACCAGGCGUCCGGGCAGAAUAUCACCCGAUGUACUAUGCUGCGUUCGCCAUCAGUCCCGGCGGCCACAACAUUGAAUGCGUCACGCAUGGUCCAUGCGGCGGUGAUACUGCUACUGAUUGA